AGGACGUUGCUGAUCAAAUGGUACAACCUCCUUCCAGUAGUCUCCUUCAAGGACAAAACUUGAAUCUUGUCAACGACCGUCAUCAAAGCGCGACGAACGGUUUCCAUGAAAACAACAACAACAAUAAUAUUAUACGACGUCCUGAUCAGUUCGAACAAUGUGCUGAUCAUGUCAACAUGCCCUCAUGGGCUGAAUUUUAUCCCACAGGUGAUGGCACGGUUGAUGAGGCUGCGCAAUCCAGAGAACGAGCUCUGCUUGAGUUGUAUCUGUCUCAGUUUACACCCCAAAUCUUGACACCACCUACUCACCAUCCACCAUGAUAUGUCUAUAUAUAUAUAUAGUAUUUCCAUUAUUUAUAUACUUCUUAUUUCUUGAUCCUUUGUACGGUGUUGGUA